GGCCCAUGCGGAUGUGGCAAAUCUUUUUUUGGAAAGCUAAUUUCUCAAGAACUGAAUAUUCCCUUUGUCGAAGGUGACGAACUACAUCCGGAAUCAAAUAUCAAAAAAAUGGAAUCAAAAAUUCCGCUUGAAGAUUCAGACCGUUAUCCAUGGUUACAAGCCAUUAUAGAUAAAGUCAUAACAUUAGCAAAUGCAAAAGAUUCACCAUCUAUUUCAGUAUCGUGUUCGGCGUUAAAAAUUGAUUAUCGUAAUUUUUUGAGAAAAAAUUUUAUCGAGAAAAAUAUUAUUGUUUGGUUCGUUUAUUUAAAAGUUAACAAACAAAUAUUAAAAGAAAGAUUACAACAACGAAAAAAUCAUUUCAUGAAAAUGGAUAUGCUAGAAUCACAGUUUAAAGAUUUGGAAGAGCCAAAUAACGAGGAAAACACUUUUACCGUAGAAGCGGACAAUAAUAUAGAUUUG